GGAAAAGUUGCAAUGCAUGUUUUCACAGACGGAAGUACACUCCAGCGGAACCAUAGACAGUUAAAGAAACACUAGCUAUGCUAUAUGCUAGGGCGGAACAUUAGCUUUGACAACAAUGGUGCUUAAACAGUCUCAUUUGCGACUUAAACGUUUUGGUGUUAACCAUGACGUCUCUUUUAAUCAACACAGAGACGGCGGUUUUCCUUUGACCACUGUCAACAAAUCACCGUGUGUCCGAGGUAUCGUCCCUCCACCUUUUAGGAACUUUGACCAGCUUCUAAGGAGAGGGAGACGAGCUGGACCGACGACCGGGAGUCUGGGUCUUUCUGCUGUGACGCAGAUGUCCGCGAGAGAGCUGAGUACUUCCACCAACGCCCUCCAGUAUUUGAACCCAGACGUGCCAAAGUCUGAAAGCGGGAAGCUGCUUUUUGAUACGCAUGCGGUGGUGCGACUCUUUGAGAAAAACGGCUUCCCAACUCAGCAAGCUGAGGUGAUGGUUAAAGUUCUGGUGAGGAUGACGAACUCUAACAUGGAUGUCAUCUAUAAUGACAUGGUGACCAAAGUGCUGCAGGAGAUCAUGUUGCAGCGUGUGAUGUCUCAAAUAGUGGUCGUGAAGAAGGACAUGAUAAUCCUGGAGAAGAGUGAGUUCUCUGCUCUACUGGCGGAAAGUGAGAAACUCGAGAUCCAGUUAUUGCAGCUCAAGGUCCAACUGGCUGAUGUCAUGAAUAAAGUGCGCUCAGACACUGUCAUGGACAUGCAUUUGGAGAAAAAUCGCGCAAAAGCAUUGAAAGUAGGGCAUGACAAGAUGCUUCUAGAAACACGAGCUGAGAUUAUGGAAAUGACUGCAGAGCAAGAUCGUCAUUUAACUCAGACCAACAUUAAAAUCGACACGGAGGUGGCUGGUCUGAAAACCAUGUUAGAGGCCCAUAAACUGGAUACGAUAAAAUACCUUGCAGGUUCAGUGUUCACCUGUCUCACGGUGGUCUUGGGUUUCUAUCGUAUUUGGAUGUAGGCAGGACCACACUCUACAUAUGAUGUUCAUAUAACCCUCAGUGAUCAAUGUCGGGAAGUUUGCAUUCCCUGGUGCGAUCCAGUGUUCAUUUUGUCACCUAUUUUUAAUUUGGUCUUGUGCCAAAUGUCCUUUUAUUUUUAGUCAUAUUUAGUCAUUAUCAUGUGAUUUUUGUUAGUCAAAUUUUAGUCGACUAAAAGUCUCGUUGUUUUCGUCAAACAUUUAAAAAAAAAAGUUAAAUAAGAGAUUAUUUAUGAUAACUAUUUCAUCAAACCACGCAACCAAUAAAGUCAUAGGUGCCCGUGGUUACUUCGUGCCUAAACAUACUUGCUAAAUGUACUUUAUACAUUUUUUUUUUAAAGAUCAUUUACUAAAAAAAACUCCAUUCAGAAAAUGUUGUGCAGUCAGUUGCUAUAAAUACUGACCUCUUAUUCAGAUAAUGCUGUUUAAAACUAAAGUUAAACUUUU